UUUUGUUCCAGGUAAGUUACCUGUCUUGAUAAAGAUCCACCCUAUUGACCAGGAGAGUUACAAGUUUUCACUUUCACGCAAAAGCUGUAUCAUUUCAAGUAGAGUCGUUUCAAGAGAAUCCCGGUAAAAUUUGCACAAAUGGAUCCCCUUACAAUGGCUGCAGCGGGUGUAGGUGCAGUCGCCGCAGUUGCUAUUGCUCCUGCUGCUCUCGCAGCUGCUGGUUUUACUUCAGGAGGAGUCGCUGCGGGUUCUUACGCCGCCAGUUUGAUGUCAACUGCAGCUGCGGCUAAUGGUGGAGGGGUCGCAGCUGGAUCUGUGGUAGCAGCUCUUCAAUCAGCAGGUGCAGCUGGAUUGACUGUUGCAGGUCAGGCCGCUGUGGGUGCUGUGGGGGCCGUCAUGGGUGCAGCUGCAAGCAUGGUUAGCAACAGCACUGCAUAACUGAGAAUCUGAUCUUUGUGUAUUAUCAGAUCUGAGCUUUGUUGACUGUUAAUCACAUUAAACAAAUAAAAUGCACAUUAUUCAGCA